CCCAGCGCGCCUCACGUUGCAUGGGUCCCCGCUUAUUGAUAACACAAUUUGCCCGCUGGGAUCCAUCCCAGUAGCGUGAAACUCGUGGAUACGGGGACUUGAACUACAACACACAGCACCGGACCGAGGAACAACAACGAUCCGCUCAUUAUCACCGACAAAUAGAGAGCGGAGCCCACCCCUUUCACUUGACAACGCGACAUCAAGCGGGCAGAAAGGCUUUCUUCUCAUCAUACCAUCCACCAUCCACCCUGAACUGCUGUGUUGGGGAAACCCCUGAUGAGUGGGACCUGUAUCCAUGAGCCCCACGCCCCUUCCCCCUCCCUGUCAGGCUUCAGCACCCCCAUCUCAGAGCCCUCCUAUCGAAGACUUGAUGGAGACACCCCUGCAUGCACCCCCGAAACGGACCUGACCCCCACACAGUGUGUCCUCCGUAACGUGCUGUCCAUUGACACAGGCGCGCAGGCGGCGCCGGGCGGCAGCAGCCCCACUCCCAGUGAUGGACCCUCGGCCCACUUUGACAACAGCGUGCUAAAACUACAUGAACAUGAAGCCUGCCAGUGUGGCGGCGGGGCCGAGGCCGGGCAUAGUCCGGAGGCCGGUGCUGUCCGCAGGCAGUCGGACAACAUUCGGCUACAAUCAGGAAGUGGAGGGUUUUUGGAGGGACUGUUUGGCUGCCUAAAACCAGUCUGGACCAUGAUUGGGAAGGCCUAUUCCACUGAACACAAACAUAGCCAUGAAGAGUCCUGGGAGGUCCCCUUUGAGGAAAUCUCUGACCUGCAGUGGGUGGGCAGCGGGGCACAGGGUGCCGUCUUCCUCGGCAAGUUCCACGGAGAAGACGUGGCAGUGAAGAAAGUGCGGGACAUUAAAGAGACGGAGAUCAAACACCUCCGCAAACUGAAGCACCCCAACAUCAUCACUUUCAAGGGCAUAUGCACCCAGGCUCCUUGUUACUGUAUUCUAAUGGAGUACUGUGCCCAAGGACAGCUGUACGAGGUGCUGAGGGCCGGUCGUAAAAUCACCCCAUCCCUCAUGGUUGACUGGUCCAUGGGCAUAGCUGGUGGCAUGAACUACCUGCACCUCCACAAAAUCAUCCACAGAGACCUCAAGUCCCCAAACAUGCUGAUUACACAUGACGACAUGGUUAAGAUCUCUGACUUCGGCACCUCAAAAGAGCUCAGUGACAAGAGUACCAAGAUGUCAUUUGCUGGCACCGUAGCUUGGAUGGCUCCUGAAGUCAUCCGAAAUGAGCCAGUGUCUGAAAAAGUGGACAUCUGGUCCUUUGGAGUGGUGCUGUGGGAGAUGCUUACUGGAGAGAUCCCUUAUAAAGAUGUGGACUCCUCUGCCAUCAUCUGGGGAGUGGGAAACAACAGCCUCCAGCUCCCCGUACCUGAGAGCUGCCCUGAUGGCUUCAAGAUCCUCCUCAGACAAUGCUGGAACUGUAAGCCCAGGAAUAGGCCGUCUUUCCGUCAGAUCCUUCUUCAUCUGGAUAUAGCGUCAGCUGAUGUUCUCUCCACUCCACAGGAGACCUACUUCAAGUCUCAGGCUGAAUGGCGAGAAGAGGUGAAACAGCACUUUGAGAAGAUUAAAUCUGAGGGUACUUGUAUCCACCGACUCGAUGAGGAACUCAUAAACCGGCGCAGAGAGGAACUCAGGCAUGCCCUGGACAUCCGUGAGCAUUACGAGAGGAAACUGGAGAGGGCUAACAACCUUUACAUGGAGCUCAGUGCUGUCAUGUUGCAGCUGGAGCUCAAAGAGAAAGAGUUGCAGAGGAGAGAGCAGUCAUUGGAUAAAAAGUAUCCUGGUCUGUUUAAGCACCACAGCUCCAGACAGAGCAGCUCCUCCAACACCAUGGACAAGUUCAUCAAGAAGAGAAAUGUCCCUCAGAAACUGCCCUCGGGAAAGAGGCCAGACAUCCUCAAAUCGGAGGUCAUCAUUCCCAAAAUGGAUUCCUCCAUGAUGCAAGUCACUAUCCCAGCCUGCCCCAACAGGAGCUCCACUUCUCCCAGCCGCUCUCGGAGGGUAAAGACCCGCCACCGCAAGCCAGGGAAGGGAAGCAGCGGAGACCUGGCUGGACUCAAAGCGACUCAAUCAUCCCCUAACAGGGACUCGGCUGCCCAAGCUAACAGUUCAACCAACAACACCUCCAAGCAGCUCCUGGAGCCGUCCGCAGCCCUGCGAGGGCUCAGCCAUGAGCAGCAGCAGAGGCAGCUCUCCUCCUCCAGCCCCGACCUCAUCUGCACCACGCUGGAGGCAGAAGGACAAGGAAAAGGGGAGACCUCUGUGGGCGGGCUGGAGAGAGGUGGCAGCCUUAGUGCCUCUGCAGGGUUAGGGGGGUCGGAGGCAGGGGCAGCUGGUCUCGAUGAUCUCACAGAAACUCCCCCACGUAGCGACACACCGAGUGAAGAUGCUGCGUCUUUUCCGUUCUCCAGCAGCCCCGACUCACCGUGUGGGCGGGCGGCUGCAGGUCGGGGGUCUUUGGGAUCUCCACGUCUGCCACACGAUGGGGAGGAUAAGGAGGAUGCAGCGGGUGCUGUAAGGCUACCCCGGGGGGCAUCAGGAGGGAUUGGGAGUCAGCAUCUCACACCUUCAGCCAUUCUGUACAGAGCAGCUAUCACACGCAAACAGAGGCGUGGAGUGUCAUCAGAAGAGGAGGAGGGUGAGGUUGACAGUGAGGUUGAGUUACCACGGAGACGACGUCCGACCAGCAUCACAAAGUGUCAGUCAGUGUCUACCUUCAGCUCGGAGAACCUGUCUGUGUCAGACGGCGAGGAGGGACACACCACCGACCACUCUCACAGCGGCACCCCCGACGUGGUCAGCACCAACACUGACGACAGGCUGGACGACCGCAGCGAUGACCUCCUCUCUCAGGGGUCUGAGAUCCCCGCGGACAACACGGAUCCCGCCCAGGCUUCUGAUGGCCUGUCGGAGCGAGACGGAGCCCUAGGCCAGGCCAAAGCUCAGCUGGACGCUGGGCAGAAUCCUAAUGAGAGUCGGGCCCUGUGUGAUGAUUCUGACUGUGACAGUGCUGAGCUGGAUCAGUCUGGCAGUGGAGAGCCCAGCCGUCCUCCCAGUGCUGGAGCAUGGGCCCCCCUCACUACACCUCACACAGGACCUCCGUAGAUCACUGGACACAAGCAAAGACCUCCAACUACCCUCCAGUGAACAACCAUCACAGGCGUACACAAAUCUGUCAGUGCAGUACAUUACUGUUGUCGAGAGGGAUCACACUUAAAACUGGGCUCUGACUAUGACAAGUGGGCUUGUGGUGUCUCAUGAGUUGGUUCCUGGCAAACCUUCAUCAGAUAGCAUAGGACAUUUGUCAUAACCUGACAUCAGAUAUUUUGGCAGCUUGUGACAUCAGAUAAUGUCAUUUGAGUUCUGUUAGUUUUUUUUUUUUUUUUUAAGGCAAAAUAGUUACCAAGGUAACCUUAGCCACUGCUCCAGUACAGCAAAAACCCUUCCACAGACACGCACGCACAAGAUACCACACUCAUCCUUUAAACACUCUAAUCCUCACUCUGGGAGCAUCCUUCAUGAUUCUCCACACACACGAAUGCAUCAAAUACUAAUAAAUAAUAAUGUAAAUAUCCAUUACCUACCACAUGAGAAAUAUCUAACUUUAUUUUAUUUGUAAGAUAAAAAUGUAAGACUAAAUGGUAUGCAGCCCUGUGAACAAAUGCAUGACUACAUGUUUAUAAUUUAUGGUUUGAAUGUGUCAGUUUUAUAUUUUGUGAGAGUUUACACUUUUUUAAUCCUGAAAGUAUUACUUAAGUUAUUUUUUUGUUAAUAAAUGUCAGCACUCAAGGGGGGGGGGGGGGGGAGUCCGAAUGGAAUGAAAAUCUCACCAGGAUAUCGAUCAUGAUGCAUUAUUAGGAUUCUAAGGUAAUACAUCAUUUUUUUAAACCCUUCUACGACUGAGUUUCGAAUGACAUGGUUGAUAUAUUUUUGUGAAGCUUAUCAAACAUGUGAAAUGAUUGGAAAGCUUUGGGUUCAAUCAAAAUGCACUUUUGCCACUUUAGGUAUACUGGCGCUGCUCUACCAAUUUCUAAAAUUGUUUUGUCUUUUGUCGGUAGGAUGAUCAUUUGAGUAGUGCAAGAAAUAGAUUGCACUUGCAUAGCUAGUUUAGUAACAAUGCAUUUCUAUAAAAUCAUCCAAGUAAAAGAUAGACGGGUUAGAAUACUAGGUGUGAAGAAAAAAAUAUCAAAAACGCUUCAGCAGAAUUAGAGAUUUAUUUUUUUAUAGGACGCAUUAUUUUACUCGUCAAAGCCUGUUGCCUACAUUACCCAAUUACUACCAACUACUUCUGUCAGAGUCGCGUUUAAUUCAUUUAUAUGCCAGUAGCGGCUUACCUACCCUAGACAACGCUACACGCUGACUCAAGCUACGUCACUUGAGACAGUUUACACCUGUAACACCGAUUUAAAUGUGUAAAAUUCCCCUUUAAGAAAAGAACCACACGGCUCCUGUAUUUCACGACGUUGAUAGGUUUCAUAAAAACCUCAACUUCCUUCUACCCUUUAAGAUAACUGCAGAAGUAGCCAAGAUAAGGAAUAGCGCACUUCUCUGUGGUGGUUUACUAGUUGAACAGUAAGUAUCCUUUGGGUUUGAAUAGAAAUGUUUUGUUUUUAUACAGCAUUGCACAUUGUACCUGUAACAUAGGAAUUAUAUCAAAUGCAAAAUAUUAUGAGCAACAAUAAAUGAUGUAUUGGUUUAAAAAAAAAAAAAAAAUUGUGAAAAUCGAAACAGGUGUCUUAAUUACAGGUUGUAGUGUUGCUGCAUCACGAGGCAUCCGGACAUGAAAUUAAAGACUGUUUACAAUGUCUCUACGCAUGUUUAACCUUUUCCAUUUUUCAGUUUCAUUUCUUAA